AUGUCGGUUUCUUCUGCAGUAGGAUCUACUAAUGACAUCAGGAUGUUGAAGCUAGCAAUUGCAGAAAAACACUCAAAUCCUCCCAUAGCAGCGAUCCAAGUGAUCUCCACUACUAUGGUCCAAGCACGUAGCCUUGUUUAUAAUGGUGAUUCACUUAAUCGAAUUGUGCUCAAUCCAUGGGAGCUUCGUUUCAUAAUUCUCGACACCUUAAGGAAUCUCUUUCUGGCACCCUCGACUUCUUCUUGCCGCUCGCUGGCCGUCUUGCUAUAUAUUGUCCCCGACGCCCACGAUGGUGGCACCUCUUCUGUCUUCGUCACUGGCAACAACGCUGGAGCAAGCUUUGUUCAUGCAAUUGCAGAGAACACUACAAUGGCCGACAUCCUCGAACCAACUUAUGUUCCUCCAAUUAUCAAGUCCUUCUUCCCACUUGGCAAAUCGAAAAGCUUCGAAGCAACUCAUAUCCCAUUAAUGACGGUUCAAGUUACGGAGCUUGUGGACGGCAUCUUCAUCGCUUGCUUGAUGAACCAUUGUCUUGUUGAAGUCAAGCCAUACUGGAAUUUCUUGAACACGUGGGCUAAGAUUAGCCAAGAUGGUUUGAACCACUUAGGGUCAGAUUUGAAGCUUGCAUCAUUUGAACGUUGA